CAAAGAGUAAGAAGAGUGUGUACCUGCAAACCCUAGACCUGUACACCUUAACAAUAUACGUUGUCUUAUGUUCCGUGGAGGUGAAUCUCAGAAUCUGGAUUUUCUUUCCUUUGCCUGGAAAUUUGGAACUUUCUGGGAAUCUUACAGGACUUUAACGAUCUUCAAGGCUCUGGAAACACUCUGAGAUCCAUCUCGGAAGCACUUUGAAAACCUGGACGCAUCUGGAAAUCGUUCUUCACAGCAGAACUUGGAAGCUAUUACAGGAUUUGAGUCCUUUUGUGACCUGUGUGACACUUUUUACAUACUCCUAGUCCCUUGCCUUGGAACAUCAGAGACACCUGAUUGUUUUUGAAUACUUUCUGGAAUACUAGGUUCAUUGAACAAUCUUUGGAAGCCUGGCGUUAUCAGAAGCACACUGAGAUUUACUUUUUGACCUAACCUGUAAACUGGAACCAUUCUGCAAUCUAAGUCUUUGUACUUCUAAAAUCUAUCUUUGGCUGUUUCUGGAAUUUUGGACACAAACCACAAACUUGACAUCUUUUAGAACUGCACACUGAUUCCUGAGUAAGUCCCCCAUCAUUCCCUCAAACUUUCCCAAUGGCUCAGUCAGGCUCUUGCCCAAACUCAGACCUGUCAAAUGGCGCCGUUGUCCAUAGCCCGCUAGGUAUUUGUUCAGACCCAGAUACCCAGAGAGGAAGAGAGGACGAGGAAGGAGAAGAGGAAGAUGAGGAGGUGGAACUAGCUGAGGAAGUAGGGGAGGAUGUUUUGAUGAUGGCUGAAGCAGAAGAGGGGGAAGUCAAAGGAGAGAGCACAGAGCAGAGUGAAAGGGAGGAAGUGGGGAUUAUCCAAGUGGCCCUGUUACAAAAUGGAGUAAUACAAGAGGGGGAGGAAGGAGGUGAAAGACUGGAGGAAAACUCUGAGGAAGGAGUAGAACUGGGGGAUGAAGAGUAUGACAUGAUAGAACAGACAAGAGAGACAGACGGUGAGGGCAAGGGAGAGCAAGAGUCAAAAGACACAACGGCAGCAUUGAUAGAGGAUAAGAAAGGUCAAGAGCAGAUAUUAGACAGCAAUGAAGAAAAUGAAGACAGCAGGGAAGGUGAAGAAAUUAAACAAGAGGCAGUGACAGCAAGUUCAGCAACCGAGCUCACAGAGGAUGAGACCAGUGACAAAGACAAUGGGUUAGUAAAGGUGGUGUCCAGUUGUGAUGAUGGAGAGCAUGUUCAGGAUUCUCUGGCAGAAGAGGCAGGAGAGGAUACACAGGUGUCUACAGAAGACGCAGACAAAGCAGAGGUUGUUACUCUACCCAUUAAUGUUGAGGUAACAGAUCCAACAAUAGAUGUGACCCCUGUUGCCAUUUGGACGAAAGAACAAGCCAACAAUCAAGAUGAUCUAUACCAAACCUCAGCUGUUGGCAACAGUACCAUAACCUUUGAUGCAACUGACACAAUCAAAGCGGUGGCCAAUCAAACCGAUCAAUUAACCAGCGAGAAGGGAGAGGAAAUGAAAAACACUGAUGAGAAGGACAACUCACAACCCAGCAAACAGGAAGUUGAGUCUGUUAAUAAUAACAUCACAUGGCAACAGAAGGAUGUCAUAGAGGCAAAGGCUGAGGCUGAGGGAAGCACAGAGUUUGUGGAAGACUCAAUGUCCACCUCUGAUAAUGUUCAAGACAUAGAGGGUGAAGCAAAACAGAAUGGUGAGACACCACACUUUGCCUUUGAAGCCUCUGAGGAACAGUUACAAACAGAAGUAGGGAUUGAGGAAACGCGGGUGGUAGGGAUCAACCAGAAGGAGCAAGAGGAAAAAUCAGUCCGACAGGUUGAGGUUAAUACUCUAUCAUUGAUGGGUGGGGGAGGACAGAGUGCGGAGGAGGAUGGGAAGACAGGCGAUAACGUUAUUAGAGAGUCAGUAGGUGAGGAAGAGCACAGACAAUCAGGAGAUCUAGAAAUGCGAGAGAAUAUUGUUCAAGUUACAAACCAGGCUAAGGUAGAUCUCCAAGAACCUGUACAGCAGUGUGUGGAGGAGGUACUUUUAGACACACAAAAAGAUUUGGACCAGGUGGAGGAGGCCUUUGAACUGGAGGAAGGGGGUGAAGUUGAACCUAAUCAGUCAGUAGGUGAGGGGACAUCAGAGGAGAAUGAGUCCACAACAGAGGAGGGUAGUGACUUGCAAGAACAUCUUUCACAGAUGCUCAAAGAAGUAGGAACAGAUUGGGGAGAAAAACUGAGAGAGCAGGUCCUUGUAGAAGAUCAGAAGGGAGGAGGAGCAGAAGAAGAAGAAGAAGAAGCAAUGGAGGGCGAGGUAGAGAUGGCAGAAGAGCCUGUGACUGUUUUAGAUGAUGAGAUUGAAGAGGUAGAGGAGAGCCAGAGGAGAGAACUUGAAGAACAAAAGCCUGCCGCCAUUACAGCCCCCUGUGAAACCAACAUAGCUGAGACAAAGGAUGGAGAGCAUCAAGAACUGCAAGAACAGAAGCUUGAACUGGGUAAGGAGAAUAAGGAACAGAAAAAUGAAAAAGGAGAGGUAGAGAGGGACGAGAAGCCAAAAGAUGACAACAGAGAGGUAGAGUUGGAUAUCAAUGGAAGAGUUAAAGGACUGAAGCAAGCAAUGGAGAAUGGAAUUUUGAGUCCUGAACCACAGCCACUCAGGAAAGAAGAAUGGGGGACGACAAGAGUGCUGUCACCCAGGAGAAAAGAUAAUGACUGGAUUAAAAAAGUUCAAUGCGAGGAAGAGGGAGAACCACAAAUGAAAGACUGGAGGAAAGAACUGAAGCCUGUGAAAAAAGACAUCUGGGAACCCGAGAGGGGACGAAAAGAAUGGCCGAAGAGGGAAACAUCACCAGAGGAGAAAAGUCCUCCAAAGAAGGAGGAUUGGAUAAAAGAGCUGAAGUCAGUGAUCAAAAAUGAAUCCUUGCCCAAAAAGAGGGAUGAGCAGGUGAAGAAAAAGCGGGUGGUGCUGUUGGAGGAUGGCCAUUCAUACAUCCCCCAGCGGGAAGAGAUGAUUGAGGAGAGAAAAGAGGAGGUGAAACUGAUCUCCCAUAGGAGGGUGGGGAGCCCUUUGCCUCCUGGGCACAGGAACAGAGCAACACCCCAAGACCAGGACUACGAGAUCUCACUUUAUGUCAAGGCAGGGAGUGAUGGCGAGAGCAUUGGUAACUGUCCAUUCUCUCAGAGGCUCUUUAUGAUCCUGUGGCUUAAAGGAGUCAUCUUCAACGUCACCACUGUUGACCUCAAAAGGAAGCCAGCGGACCUGCAGGACCUCGCUCCAGGAACCAACCCUCCUUUUGUGAUGUUUAACGGCGAGGUCAAGGUUGAUGUCAACAAGAUCGAGGAGUUCCUGGAGGAGAAACUGAUCCCACCACGCUACCCCAGACUGGCUCCCAGAAACCGUGAAGCCAACACGGCGGGCAUUGAUGUGUUCGCCAAGUUCUCAGCUUACAUCAAGAACCCAAGGAAAGACACCAAUGAUGCCUUAGAGAAAGCCUUGCUGAAGUCUCUCCGGCGUCUCGAUGACUUCCUGAGGACUCCCCUGCCUGAGGAGAUCGAUGCAGACGCCUCAGGAGACCUGCCUGAGUCCUCCAGGAGCUUUCUAGAUGGAUCCGAGCUCACCCUGGCUGACUGCAACCUGCUGCCUAAACUACACAUUCUUAAGGUCGUCGCCAAGAAAUACAGAGGCUUUGAGAUCCCGGCGGAGAUGACGGGGGUGUGGAGGUAUUUAAACAGCGCCUAUCAGAAGGAGGAGUUCACCAGCACCUGCCCCGCUGAGAGGGAGAUCCACUUUGCCUAUCUGGAUGUCGUGAAGCAAAUAAAAUAAAAUGAAGAGGAAAGACGUCAAACAGAGAGGAGCAAAGUGACUUUAGUAAACUGUGGAGAGAUGUAUCAGGCGUAUCUGUAGGAGGUACAAGUAGUUGUGGGACAUAGUUAAAAAAGGAAACACGACAAAUGAAGAAUAAGAGCUUCAGGUUAUAGACUAGGCCCAUCCAAACUGAUAGGCUACUAAAACUCCAGUGUGUGUGUCUACAAUGUGUGCAUGUGUGUGUGUGUGUGUGCUCUCACGGGUUGGGUUGCACAGUCUACUGUAUCUUUAUGCUAAUCAUUUUACAAAUAAUCACAACCAGUAAUUGUUGUAAUCUUGUAGAACUUGUGUAGGUUUUCACUUUUCAGACAAUGGCAGGGCCAAGUUCACUGCAAAGAUGAAAUCAGCAGCACAGUGAACAAGCCUCACGCUUCAGUAUCACUGCAUUAGGAACCGUUCAGUCGGUGUUUAGCUAAUAUUAUGUCGUCUAAUGAUUAGGUCUUGGUUAACACUUGUUUUUUCCAUUUGAUUUUAUCAUAUUAAUAACUCAGGUGAGGAAUGACAGAACAUUAUAAACACUGUACCAUCAUGAGGGCGUGCACAAAAGAACGGUUUGACAUUUUGGGAAAUGCACUCAUUUGCAUUCUUGCCACGAGUAAAGCCUAGUUCACAUUACACAAUUUUCAUCCUAAUUUUGCGUCGCGGAGACUAUCGUAAUCUUUUGAGUGUUCAUAUCAGGUGACGUGUGUUUCUGUCAGUGGGAGUCUCACCAACUGCGUUACGACCUGUGUGUGCAAAAUUUCUCCACCGAGCCCUCGCCGACAGAGCCCCAGAUAACGCGGUGACGUCACCAAACUUGGAGACGACACAUUGUAAAGGCAUAGAUAUUCUUUAUUAUCCUGGGUCCAAACACACCGCGCUCCCCGUGAUCCUAUGGAUGCUGCCAUUAUUAUUGUUGCUUGCCAGCUUGUCAGUGUUGCCAGAUCUUGGAAGAGAAACAAGCAACCAGAGAUAUGGAAACAAGCCCAAAAGAAGCAACGCUCAUGCGUUUAAAUAACUUAUUAGACAGAUAUAUAUAGAGGAAGGUGACGUUUAGAGAGCAAGCCCAAAUAAGCAACUCCACUUUAGAAACAAGCCCAAAGUCGCGGCUAAUAAGCGGACCUGGCAACCCUGCGGCUUGUCCUCCUCACAUUUCCUCCGUCCUCCUGCGUGCUGACGUGGGACGUAUCCCGCCUCUCAUUGGCUGAUGCUCUUUAUCAGUCGUGUCAGACUUCUCCAGUUUUCUAGCAUGCCAGGUAUCUGGUCUGUUACAAGACACCUAACAUUAUGCCUGACUCGCUACCUGACACUCCUAACGCUGGUAACUGUAACCUUUAACUAAGCUUCGUUAUUUCCCCGUGGUGUGCAGUUGGACUUGAACGUAUGCCUCACUUACCUAAUGUGUGUAGAUCUCUGAGCUGUUUAGGGGGUAAAUGGGUUACUCACCCUUCAUCAGACCCGACCACUACUGUAGGCGGCCACCCCGACCCGACGCUUCGGGCGUCCCCUCCGGUCGACGGCCAGGCUGGGCCAGCACAAGCAGCGUUGUUGUGAUUUUAGUUCAUAGGGGGGGCUGAACGCGACCCCAGAUCAGGUGAGGUGUGUAGUAGCGUUCCCAGAUCGGUGGAUUUUGUCUCCGGAUUUCUGAAUGUCUGUCGGAAUCUUCUGCAGAAAUGUGGCGUGGCAGUCUGUCAGCGUCUCCAGCAGCCGGCCUCGACUCCAGUCAACCGCCGCCUUUUCAGGUGUGUGAGCUCCUAGGAAGGGGAGUUACCCAAUACACCAAGUGGAACAUCAGCCUCUCUCUGCUUCCUAACUCCACCCCUAACUGCACACCUAGGCCUCCUAAUUAUGUGCCAUAACACAGUCCCAGUCGCAGUCAAGGGGGCGACUUGCUCGUACGCUUGUUCACACAGAGGACUCGUCGGGACAGACUAUCUGCCGACUCACCUCCGACCCAAGGUGGCUCUCAAGAUCCUCUGCAACGUCAAAAUCGCAGUGAAAAUCGUGUAAUGUGAACUUGGCUUUAGAUGAGAAUAUGGAUACCACUCUGGUGUGUACACUAAAUAUGAAGCUAGAGCCAGGUGUUGGUUAGCUUAGCCUACUAGCGCGGCUCUGUCAAACAUGGCAGCGACUGAUCCGACCAAGAAAUACUGUCGUUUCAGCAUGACGGACUUCUUAAAUACAAGUUUAGUUGCCAGAGGGGCUCAAUAGCGCCUCGCAGAGCUCAAGAGCUUGAACAGGCUGGAGAAAAGAUGGGAGCUAUCUGCCGAGAUGCUCCUCGAUUUCUUCUUCAUCCUUUUUUGUUGGAGUUGGGUCGAGGGUUUUUGUGGCCCACCGACUAUUUCGUUGUCACAACCCUAGAAAGUUUGGUCAGACAUUUGGGCAGAGCCAGGCGAGCUACUUCCUCUUGUCUAUACACCAAGCUACCUGCUAGCUGUAGCUUUAUAUUCAGUGUACAGACAUUUUUCUCUCAUAGCGAAAAGUGGAUAAUCUCCCAAAAAUGACGAACCAUUCCUUGAAAUGUACCUACUUCUACCUACUACUACAUGAUGGUAUGUUGUGAAUGCAAAUCUAUGCCCUUGACCAUGAUAUCCAAUGUUUAUGUGUAAAAUGUCUGGGGUAUUAUCACCACCAAAUGUGAGGCUGAGGGACUUUAAAAAUUUUGGGGAGCACUCAAGUUUCAGAUCUGGUGUUUCCAUAUAAAGGGCCGAGGCAGCAAAACAACCAGUCACCUGGAGAUUUUAUAAUUGCCGAGGUGUAGGUUAUUUUGGUCCCAGAACUUGCCAGCUGUCUUCUAUGCAUUCCCAAAAAUGGAAGUCUGUCAUUGGCCCAGCCUCCCUUAAAGUGUUCAAUGGAUCCACUGCGUGUUGUACUCCUGCUCUGAAAGUCCAGCUAACCCUCCCACAUUGUCCAUUUGCUUCACUAAAUAUCUGUAUUCCUGGUAUUGAUGGAUGAAUCAAUGGUCAAGUGAAGUCCAACAGUUAAAGCAGUUAGGAGCCUUUUCUACUUGUACAUUUAUUGAUAGUUAAUUGUACUGAAUGUGUACUCUCUAUAUUGAUGCAAAGCAACCGUGACACCAGCCUGCUGUGUUCUGGCCUUAUAUCCUCUCCGGGGAGAAUCUUUAUUAAACUGAUUUAAUCACUA